AACCUUCUAUAUCCACCGCAACGUAACUCGUCCCUCAAUGUCAAGAUGGCGGCGUGGUGGGCAGGUCGUGUGAUCACGUUCUUUUUGUGUGUCCUCUUAGCCGUCGUUGAGAUGGGAACUCCGUUCGGAUUCCUGCCUAUAUCGGAGUCUUUUAAUGCUGCUUCCAAGAAUUCAGGCAAUUUGAUGAAUUCCGGCACCUUAAACAAGGGUUUUAACAACAGUGUCCGGUUACUUCGGGAAGCGGCUUUCAAUAAGGAAAAUAACGAUUUCGAGUUGAUAAUGGUGUCACCCAACCGAAAGAAGCGGCAGCCAGCGUUAGAGAAGUCUCAGGCGCGUCGAUCACGGUCGGCGAGCAUCCGAGGCGGCGCCACUAAGUCGAGGAUAUGAUCAACUCCCGCCUGCCCCGGCUUGAAGUUGAAUACAUCAAAAUAGUCACGCUGUAAUAAAUGCGAUUUCUAG